AUGGAGUACACUGUGGCUAUGGAGGUCCCUGUUGUUGAUUGUGAGGACAUGAAGGUUGAGUAUGUGAGAGUCAUUAGCAAAGAUGAUGCUGAUGAGGUGUUUCCAGGUUGCUCUCAACCACAACAAACACAAGAAUCCCCAAAGAAACAACCCACCCCACCCAAACACACAAAUCAUGUUGCUUCUAAGUCAAAAGGCAAGGAUAAGCCUGCUUCUAAGAAACUAACCCCCAAAAGGAGGGCAUCAGCUAAACAACCCACCCCACAGAAACAACCCACCCCACCUAAACAACCCACCAAACAACCUACACCACUAUCCCCACCACCCCCACCACAGAAAGAACCCACCCAACCAAAACAACAACAACACACACCACCACCAGAACAUCCCACCUCUCCACCACAACAACAACAACACACACCACCACCAGAACAUCCCACCUCUCCACCACAACAUCACACCCCUCCACCACCACCACAAAAUCCCACUCCACCACAGAACAACCAAACUGAUGAGCCUAACAAUCAAGCACCACCUGAUCAAGCUCAGCCAGUGAAAAAGAAGGGGGGCAGAGCUAGACCUGAGGGGUUUAGGGUUAACAAAGUCACUGCUAAGAAGGCUGGAACUUGGGUUUCCAAGGGAAAGGGAAAAGGGAGAAAGGGUACAGGAAGGUCUAAGACACCAGGGGUUUUUGCUGAUGUUGGUGAGAUAUGUUCAGAAGAGGAGAGUGAGGAUUCUGAUUAUGAGGAAUCAGAUUCUGAACAAGAGGAUGUUCUGAAUGAUUGGAUUGAUUCUGAUGUUGAUGAUGAGGUGAUUCCUGAUGAUAUUCCUGAUUUGGGGUUUGAGGAUUGUCUAAAUGGUUCCUCAAAGAUGGAUAAGGAGGGGUUUGGGCUUAGUGUUGAGAGGGCUGACAAUAGGAGGUACACAGCAGUGUGUGCAGUGGAGUCAUGUGACUGGAGGAUACAUGCCAGUAGGUUGUUUGACAAUGUUAGCUGGGCCAUUAAGGUGAUCAGUGGGUCCCACAGAACUUGUGGGAGGCUUGAGGAGAAUCCAGUGGUGACCUCUGAGUGGUUGUGUAAGCAUAUGUUGGGGGAAAUAGAGGCAAAUCCAGAGAUUCCAGUGGAGACAUUGAGGAGGUAUGCACAGGAGAAGUUUCAGUUGAGGGUGAAAAAGAGGCUAUUGUACAAGGUCAGGAGUAUGGCAAAGGGAAAGCUGCAUGGUGGUUGGGCUGAAGCAUAUGAGCUGUUGCCUAGAUAUGCUGAGAUGAUUAAGCAAACAAACCCAGGGAGUCAUGCACUUAUAACAUGGGGGGCCAGUAGUGGGGAUGUGAACCCAAAAUUCAGAGCUUGCUUCUUCUCAUUUGCUGCACAAGUCAGGGGGUUUCUAAGGGGUUGUAGGCCCAUAAUUGGAAUAGAUGGGGCUCAUUUAAGUGGUUUCUACAAGGGCAUUCUACUGACAGCAGUUGGCAUAGAUGGGAACAAUGAAAUUUUUGUUCUUGCCUAUGGGAUAGUAGACACUGAGAGUUGUGACAGUUGGACCUACUUCAUGAGAUGUUUGAGGCAAAUGUUUGAGCAGGAGGGUUGCAACAGAGAUGAUUGGACCUUCAUCAGUGAUAGGAUGAAGGGUGUUGAGUUGGCAGUUAGAGAAACUUUUCCUAGAGCAACUAGGAGAGUUUGCUGCCAACACCUAUACAUGAAUUGUAAGAACAAUGGCUUCAGUGGAUCUGCAUUCCACAAGCUCUUUUGGAUAGCUGCUAAUGCAUACAAUGAGUAUGUGUUUGGUAAGGCCAUGGAAAAGAUCAGUGAGUACAAUGCAAAUGCCACUGCAUACUUGAACAGCUGCAUUGAGCAGUGGUCUAGGCAUAAGUUUGACUCUACUGUUUGUUGUGAUCACAACACAACAAACUUUGUGGAGUCAUUCAAUGCAUGCACAAAGCCCUUCAGAGACAUGCCUGUCUUCUCAUUAUUGGAAGCAAUCAGAAGUUGGUGUAUGCAGAGGGUGGGGGCUAGAUUUGACAAGGCAGUUGACAUGGAGGAAGGUCAGCUCACUGCAUAUGCAUUGAAAGAGUUAGAGGAGAGGACAGCUGAGUCCAGGUUAUGUUAUGCCACAGCAUGUGGAGGGGGUGAAUUUGAGGUUAGGGAUGGACAUGUCAACUUCCCAAUUAGGCUUGCAACAAGAAGUUGUGCCUGUGGGAAGUGGCAGAUCUGUGGAAUCCCCUGCAAGCAUGCACUGAGGGUCAUAUAAGACCAAAGGAUGAACCCCCAUGAUUUCAUAUCCCCAUGGUUCAAGGCUGCUGCAUACAAGCUAACCUAUGCAGAACAUAUUCAUCCUAUGGCAGAUCCAUCUCAGUGGCCUGACUUUGGCCUUCCUUCCAUUCAGCCUCCAACCAUCAAAAGACCAUCUGGCAGACCUGCUAAGAAGAGAAAGAGAGGGGCAAAUGAACCAAAGAAAGGGAAGAGGAACACAAAUGUGAAAUGUGGAAAGUGUAGAGAGUUUGGUCACAACUCAAGAACAUGCAAGAGUGGAGGAACAAGUGCCACUGGACCAAGUACUUCAAAGAGUGGUGCAGCAGGAGCAAGUACAUCAAAUGGGGGACCAAACACAAGGAAGAGGUCAAAGGCAGCUGCAUAGUCACCUCAGUUGGCUAUAUUUUGUGAAUUGUAGUGCACAAAGCUAAACUAACUUAGUCAAAUCAGUUUAGUCAGAAUCAGUUUAGUUAGAAUCAGUUUUUGGAAACAGUUGUGCAGAGAUCAUUUUUUGGAAACAGUGAAAUGCUUAGAACACCUCUUUUUGUGCAGUUCAGUGGUGUUUGUCCACUUAAAGUUCAGUUUAUGUAAAGCUUAUUUGCUUGAACAAGUAUUUAUGGAACAAAGUCUCUUUAUUUCAUGAAAUUUGUUACAACUUUA